AUGGCGACGAUGAUGGCUAUGAAGGUUGUCGACUUCUCCUUUCUGUCCAUUGCGGGAAAGCUAGAGAAGAUGCUAGAGGAAGAAGCCGCGUUGCUGGCGGGAGUCGAAGAUGAUGUCUGCGACAUAGUCGCUGAGCUCAGAAGCGUUACCUCUUUCUUGACUGCCAUGUCGACCAGGCGCAAUCUGGACGAUCAACUCCAGAACUGGGUGCAGGAAGUGAGGGAGGUGGCUUACGAUGCCACCAGCUUGGAAAUGGCCGGUAGAUACUCCGAUCCACGGAUCAUCGGCCAUUUUGUAGAGGAAGCUCAACUCGUGGGCAUCAACCAGCGCAGAGAUAAGAUAAUCGGGUGGGUGAUGGACGAGAACCGUCUCGAGCUCACAGUGAUUUCUAUAGUCGGCUUAGGUGGUUUAGGAAAGACAACUUUGGCUAAGACAGUUUAUGACAAUUCUAUUAUCGCCGGAAGUCACUUCCAACCUCGAGCUUGGAUCGUAGUAUCACAAAAUUACAGCAUCAGAGAGCUUCUCAAAAAGAUUAUUCUACAAAUUUCCGUCGAUGAGCAACAAAUCCGAGAUGUUUUAGGGUGCCCAGAUGCCAGUUUGAACACAGAGCAACUUCUGAACAUGAUGGAGGAGUCACAACUGGUGCAGACAGUCAGAGGUCAUCUCCAUGGAAAGAGGUAUAUGCUUAUUUUUUAUGACGUUUGGAGAACUGACACAUGGGAAAGCUUGAGAAAUACUGGAUUAUCUGAAUUGCCAGAUUCAAUAGGAGAUUUGCAAAAUCUAGAGUUUUUGGAUAUGAGAGGAACUAGGAUUAAAGAACUACCCAAUACCAUGGUCAAACUCCAAAAACUGGUCUAUCUGCUUGCUGGUCCCCAAGGAUUUAAGUUCCUGAAAGGAAUAGGGAAGUUGAAAAGACUCGUCGCGUUUGGAAUGGCAUAUGCUGACAAGAUGCAGUCGCUACAGGAGAUUGGUGAGCUUGUCGACCUCCAGAAGCUCGCCAUCAGUUUUGGUGAACAUGAUCUAUCACUCAGAAUGCUGGAGGAGAUCAGAGCCCUGCUCUCGAAGCUCAAUGGCACACUUCGAUCUCUAACGAUUUUUCCUCCGGUAAACAUCAGUCUGAAAAAUGCACUAGAUGAGGUAGCUUCGCCGCCAUUGCUGCUCUGCAAGUUGCAGAUAGGUUGCAGACUUGGCCAAUUGCCUCCUUGGUUUGCAUCUCUGAAGCAUGUUGUCAAGAUAUCUCUGGUCGGCACACUACUGCAGCUUGAGGAUCUACAAGUCUUGAGAAAUCUCCCCGCUUUGGUCAACUUGAAACUAGGAUUUAAGUCAUUCGUCAAUAAUGAUGAGGAUUUGGUCUUCGAUCGGGGAGGGUUCGCACAACUUAAGUUCCUGCAAAUUAAAUGCCAACAUGUGAGUUUCAGAGUAGGUGCAGUCCGAAGCCUCGAAAUUCUGGAAAUAUUUUUCCCCCCUGAAUCUGUCAAUGGCAUAGAACAUCUGCAUGGGCUAAGGGAGAUUUACAUUCUUACUUUUAAUGAACAUAUAAGUGAGAUGGUCAAAAAUAUUGCAGCAAACCAUUCAAAUCGUCCCAAAUGUUUUGUAAACCAAUUGUAG